CAGGUUGAAAACUUAGACCUAUACCCGGAUUCAUGUCGGGUACCCAGUGGGUACGGGUCCGGGUCAUUGCCAACCCUACCUAAAACCCUUCGCCUCAAUUUUCUCUUUCGAAUCUCUGCUUCACCUUCACAGACAAAGAGCCCGCAAGAAAGAUUAAAAAAUAAUACAAAUCAUAGACACAGAGCCCGUAAGAAAGACCCAAAUAUAAUACAAAACAAGAAGCAUCUGUUUCCAUGACGAAAUCCCAUUUGUAGAUAGAGAAUAAAAACCAAGACGCCCCUGUUUCUUAUACAUUAGAACUUAGCCAUUAUCUCAUGGAAACCCAAAGUCCGCAUUCUAAGAAAAAGCCGUUUUUCACCCAUUGGAGAAUCAGAUUCUUAAUCCAGAAAGCAAGCUGCCACUGAAUAUAGAGAGCCCAACAUUCUAGAGAGAAAGAAAGCAACAACAAAGCCCCGAAAGCCCCUAAAACAAAAGUUGGACAAUGAAACCUUUCUCCCAUUUCAAUGGCGUCUGAGCCCUCUCCAGAAACCCUAAUUUCUCCCUUGAAACUCUCUGAAAUAGACAAAGAUGGCUCCUUUUAUGGAGAUUCUGUGAAGAAAACUCCAGAAGAACCUCCUAAAAGUGUUAGCAAGAAAGCAGCAAAGAAAGAAGCCGUGAAAGCUGAGAGGUUGAAGAAAAAGCAAGAAAUGGCGGCCUCUGCAGCUCCAGUUGAUGAAGCAGACCCUCUGGCUUCGCAUUACGGAGAUAUUCCUUUGAAGGAGCUUCAAUCUAAGGAGAUCAGUGGUCAAGCAUGGACCGAAGUGAAGUCCUUAUCAGAUGAAUUCAAGGAUAAAGAGAUUUUGAUCCGAGGACAGGCUCAAACCAUUCGAGCUGUGAGCAAAAACAUGGCUUUCAUUGUAGUGAGAGAGAGGGGGUUCACAGUGCAAUGUGUUUUCACUGUUGCUCCAGGGUUUGUCAGUAAACAGAUGGUUAAAUUCGUCACUGGUUUGAGCAGAGAAUCAUAUAUUGAUGUCUAUGGGGUGGUCUCAGUUCCUGGAAUGGAAAUUAAGGGCACCUCUCAACAGGUGGAAGUUCAAGGAAGAAAAGUAUUCUGUAUCAGUAGAGCUAUUCCAACUUUACCCUUUAAUCUUGAGGAUGCAGCUCGUAGUGAAACUGAAUUCAUAAAAGCUGAGCAGACUGGAGAACAGCUUGUUCGGGUCGGUCAGGAUACUCGUUUGAACAACAGAGUGCUUGACAUUCGCACUCCUGCCAAUCAAGGGAUUUUUCGCAUUCAAUAUCAAGUUGGAAAUCUAUUUAGAAUGUUCUUGUCAUCUGAAGAUUUUGUUGAGAUCCAUACUCCAAAGUUAAUUGCGGGUGCAAGUGAAGGAGGUUCGGCAGUUUUUAAACUGGACUACAAAGGUCAACCUGCUUGCCUAGCACAAUCCCCACAGUUACACAAGCAAAUGGCAAUUUGUGGUAAUUUUGGUCGUGUUUUCGAGGUUGGUCAUGUUUUCAGGGCAGAAGACUCUUUCACUCAUAGGCACCUAUGUGAGUUUACAGGCCUUGAUGUGGAAAUGGAAAUUAAGGAGCACUAUUUUGAGGUACUGGACAUUCUGGACAGAUUAUUUGUGCAUAUUUUCGAUGGAUUAAAUCGGAUGUGCAAAAAGGAGCUCGAAGCGGUAAACAAGCAAUAUCCAUUUGAACCUCUGAAGUACUUACGGAAAACUCUGCAAAUUACUUUCAAAGAGGGGAUUGAAAUGCUCAAGGAAGCUGGCUUUGAAGCAGAUCCCUUGGGUGAUCUAAAUACAGAAACAGAGAGAAACUUGGGUCAGCUUGUUCGGGAAAAGUAUGACACUGACUUCUAUAUACUUCACCGCUAUCCUCUAGCUGUACGGCCAUUUUACACCAUGCCAUGUUUCGAUGAUGAUUUGUACAGUAACUCAUUCGAUGUAUUCAUCCGUGGUGAGGAAAUAAUUUCAGGAGCUCAGCGUGUUCAUGAUGCCGAUUUCUUGACCAGUCGAGCACAGGAAUGUGGAAUUGAUGUGAAGACGAUAUCUACUUAUAUUGAUAGCUUCCGGUGUGGUGCGCCUCCUCACGGUGGGUUUGGUGUAGGAUUGGAGCGUGUGGUGAUGCUUUUCUGUGGCCUUAACAACAUACGCAAAACUUCUCUUUUCCCUCGUGACCCCCAGAGGCUUGCUCCAUGAUACUAAUCCAUGUUUCUUCUUCUGUGGUCUGGUUUUGCCCCUUUUUUUUUUUCCUUUCAGAAAUUGGUCCGAGUACUUUGUAUAUUUAUCCCAUUUUUCUCUACUGGGCUUUGUUUCAUUACUAGCUUCUAAUCAAAAUUUUUAACUAGGCAUUUCUUUUGAUAAAGCAAUGAUUUAGGAGGAUUGUUAAUUUUUCAUUAUAAUGACAUGAAAUUUAUCAGGAUUAAA